GCGGCACCGAUACGGGUCGGUGCGGGUGGCCAUGGAGGCGCUGGACCAGCUGCUGCUGGCGUGCCACUGCCAGAGCAUCAACCUGUUCGUGGAGAGCUUCCUGACCAUGGUGGCCAAACUGCUCGAGUCCGACAAGCCCGACCUGCAGAUCCUGGGCACCAACUCCUUUGUGAAGUUUGCCAACAUCGAGGAGGACACGCCCUCGUACCACCGCAGCUACGACUUCUUCGUGUCGCUUCAGCGAGAUGUGCCACUCCGACCACGGCGACCCCGACGUCAGGGACAGGAUCCGGAUGUCGGGGAUCCGGGGCCUGCAGGGCGUGGGGCGGG